UUUAUUUUAGUGGGCCUGAGCCCAAAACUGAACAAAUGUGAACCAGACAAUCAGCUAGGGUUUGAAGAUGCAGACCUUUGGAUUGACUUGACCAACAACGUGUGUCUCUGAUAGUUCUCUCGAGAUGGAGAGUUCCUCCGGAGAAUCCGAAUCCGAGGACGACAGACUGAUCUCUGAAAUGGAGAGUUCCUCCGGAGAAUCCGAGGACGAGAGACCGAUUGUACUCACCAACAAAACUUCGCAAAAGAGGCAACGUUCUCCGACCGAACGCACUGCGACGCUGCUGGAUCUGGAUGUUACAGACUGUCCCAUUUGCUUUAAUCCUCUCACCAUUCCCAUCUUCCAGUGUGAUAAUGGUCAUAUAGCAUGCUCUACUUGCUGCCAAACGUUGAGCAAGAAGUGUGCAACAUGCUCCUUACCCACUCUUUCCCGCAACAGAGCAAUGGAGCGGGUUAUUGAACUUCUUAGAGUUCCAUGUCCGAAUGAUGGUUGCUCCAAGAUUGUCUCUUGUUCUGAAACAUCAGCACAUGUGAAUCAUUGUCCUUUCACCCAACGUACUUGCCCCUUUAGCAGCUGUGACUUUACUUGCUCCUUCAAGGAUUUAUAAAAACACGGCGCUGCUAAACACAGCAUUGCGGCACCAUGCGCUGCUAAAUUUGGCCUUUCCUUUUCCUUGAGCAUGUUUAAAUGUGGAACGCUCGUGCGUACGCAUCUCUCAACAUAUAAGAGGAUCAUUCUCAAGGAACAGACUACAGAAGGAGAAGGAGAAAUUGUGGUUGUGGAGUGGUUCGACAUGCCAGACGGUCGGAUAUUCUAUGCCUGCUGUAUUGGACCAGGAGCAGAUAAGUUCUCCUACCAACUGAAGCUAUCUUUAGCUUCCGGUGAUGACUUGUUGUUUACAUCAAACCUCGAAAGAGUCCGUGAAGUGAGUAAUGAACCACCAUGUUCGCGCUAUAUGUUGGUCCCUUCAUGUAUGUUGCCUUACCGCAAGUGUGGUAUAUGCAUCAAGCGGGAGACUCAUUAGGAUCAUCAAGACGCUACUACUUCAUUACUCGCGAACUGAUGCUAUUAACCACUGUAUGUUUGUCCUCUAGUAGAUGUCUAUCUAAUGUGUGAUACGGAUCCAAGUUCAUGUUGUGUGAAUUAAGUUAAAUUUUAUCCAAAAUCGUUGUAACUGCUCUAUACCAAACCAAAUGAAUAUGUAAUAUAAGCUUCAGAGUUAAGACAAACACGUCGUCUUCUAUCUCACAUUGUUUUGGGAUUAGAAGAAGAGCGACUGAACAUUUAUAUUUGCAAGAUAACAUUACGGCCCUAAACCAUAACACCCUAAACCCUAAACUCUAAACCCUAAACCCUAAAAUCUAAACCCUAAACCCUAAAAUCUAAAC